AUUUUUUUUAACACACCCAGCGGAGCGAGAGCAGCUUGAAGCACAGCCUGCCAACGUUACACAUUACGAAGCCCAGUCUCUCUCGUAUGUGCCUGGAGAGCGUCGUGUCCGAGGCGCAGAGCGCGCUGCGUUUUCGGGACUUCUCGGCUAUUCUAAAAGCGUCAAUAAAUUGUGGAUACAUUCUAUUGAAAAGCUUAACUCACUUGAAAGCUUUUUCACAACCUGGGAUAUGCAAUUGAUGUUAUUUCCAGCGUGAAACCGUCUUAUUCGUGGAAUCUAUUGUUAAGGAUCUGUCAUCGGAGCUUCCAUAUGACUUGGAUUCAUAUAAACGGUAUUCUGGUUUGACACAAAGAUCCAAUGUUUUUCCUUUUUUGGGAACAAGGAACCUGUUUUUAGGACUAUUCUUGGAGCACGAAUAGUUUCUGCGUGUGAUUGAACUUCGAAGAAAGGGAGAAAUAACUGAAUAAUGAAAAUAUUACUUAUGGGUUGACAGCUUUCGCCGCUGCAGACGGAAAAAACGCUCAGUAGCCUAAAUAUUUAUUGUUUGAGCAGGUUGUUUCUUCUGUCUUGUCUGCCCGCUGUAUUCUUCACGGCAGUCUGCUCUUGGACGAAUUUAUUUUGCUUAUUUUGCUGGAUUUAUUUGAAUAAGGCUCGAUUGAAGGGUUUUGUGAACCGAUAUUGAAUUUCACGGAGGAAAUCGCAACUCAUUUGUUUCGGUAUCUGAAGUAGGAUCUGAGAAACUCUUCACCCCCACUACACCCGAAGGUGUGACGACGAAUGAGAAUCCAGAGUCCAAGGCUGUCAGCUCGGCCAAAGUAUCAGGGCUCCAGCGUAGCCAGGAGCAGAGUAACGAGGUGUCCUUCACUCCGCGUGUGUCCAGCCCCACCCCGGCCUCCCCGCCUACGGGCUCCCCUGCCCCCUCUGCCACCGCGGCAGCCCCCCCUCAGCCCCACCCCCCAAGGGUGCGGCUCUCCUCCCCGCCCCCCCCUCCUCAUCAAGAGAGAGUCAGACCGGGCGCUGCCCAUCCCCACCCCUCCCCUGCUGAGGGCCCAGCCCCACCCUCUCCAGGAGCACCGGGUCCCUGUCUCGCUCCCUCUCCCCCAGCACCAACACCACGCCAGGCCUCUCAUCAGCCACCAACAUCACCAGCAUCACCCACUGCAGUACAACAGCCUGCACGACAUCAGUCACAGCGGCAGCAGCGCAGGCCUCCCCAAACACCACCACCUGCCCCCCUCACCACACCACCUGAGCAGCCUCCCCUCCUCCACCCCGGCCCUGCCUCUGUCUAUAGCCAACCUCUCUACCUCACACUAUUCCUCCCUGCGAAGCCCGGCCCAUCGCCAUCCGGCCAUGUUCGCAACCCCCGCCACACUGCCGCCACCUCCGACCUUACCCACUAACAGUCUUGUGGUCCCUGGGCACCCUGCUGGCACCCCCUACCCUGAGCAUGACCUCCUGCGGCAGGAGCUGAACAACCGCUUCCUGGUUCAGAGUUCAGAGGGGUGGAGCCGGGGGCCGUCCUCCGCGGGGUCCCCGCUGGCCCCUGUGUCACUCCUGAGGGGAGAGUUUCACCAACACCAGCACAUGCAUCAGCACCAACACACCCACCAGCACACCUUCACGCCCUUCCCGCCCAGUCUGCCCCCGGCCACCAUCAUUCCUCCGCCCACCGCACCCCCCAUGGUGCGUACCCCAGCCAGAAAUUUUGACAAAUACGCUCCAAAACUGGACAAUCCAUUCAUUAGACAUUCAAAUUUCUUCCCCUCCUACCCCCCCACAAUGCCAGGCAUGCCCCCGCUGCUCCCACACUCAGGACCCUUCAGCUCACUGCAAGGAGCCUUCCAGCCCAAGUCCUCUAACCCCAUAGACGUAGCAUCCCGUUCGGGGGCAGUACCUCACACACUCCUACAGAAGGACCCACGGGUAUCGGAUCCUUUCAGAACAGCAGUUAGAAAACCUGGCAAGUGGUGUGCGGUGCACGUCCAGAUCGCCUGGCAGAUUUACCACCAUCAGCAGAAGAUGAAGCAGAUGCAGGUGGACCCUCACAAACUGGACAUGAAUGGAAAGCUGGACCUGUUCAGUCGUCCCUCUGCCCCAGGAGUGUUUCCUGGGUUUCCCUACACCCACGACCUGGCACGACCGAUGUUCUCCUCCACAGGUUCUGGCCAUCCGGCCGCCUCCCCGUACGGCCCCUCCCCCCACCACAGCGGCUUCCUGCCUCCCAGCCACUUGACAGAUCCUUUCAGUCGCUCCAGUACCUUUGGCGGCCUCGGCAACCUUUCAACCAGUGCCUUCGGAGGAUUAGGCAACCCCUCGCUUGGCUCCAACAAUGUCUUCGGCCAUAAAGAGGGCCCAGGGGGCCUGCCAGGCUUCGGCAGCCCUCACCAUGACACCUGGAACAGGCUCCACCGGACCCCACCCUCCUUCCCCACCCCUCCGCAGUGGCCCAAGUCUGCAGACACGGAGCGAAGCAACUCAGCAAACAGCCACGAGCGUGAACGGGAACGGGAGAGGGAACGGGAACGGGAACGGGAGAGGGAGAGAGAGAGAGAACGGGAGAAAAGGGAUUCAUCCAUCAGCAAAGAGGAUAAGGAUAAAGACAGAGAUUCAAUUGACCGUAACCGUCACUCCAACCGUUCGUCCCCUGCAUCGGCCCCAACCAGCUACCAGAUCAGCAGCCUGAUCCGCUCUAACAGCCAGAACUCCAGUGACUCGGGUCGCCACCACAGCGGCACCGUGGACCGGGUACGGGAGGCAGAGAAGGAGCUCCCGGAGCGCCACCGAGAGGCCAUAGUAGGGGAGGUCAAGGUAAAGGAGAGCCGCUCCCCUGGAGGAGGGAAGGAGGUGACAGACAGAGACAGACGCUCCUCAGAAGACUCCAUCAAACCAGCCCACCGCACGCCCUCCCCCUACUCCAAGGCUGUCCUAUCUGAGACAGGCAUGAAAAUGGCUGGUGGCCCCCCACCCACGCUACUCAAGGAUGGGGACAGGGACAGGAAGGAGGUUCGUCCUUCCUCCGGGGGGGACCUGCUGCUGCACAAGGUGAAGAACGACAUGAAGAUCAAGGAGGAGCGCAAGGAGGACCAGGAUGUGGUGGUUGUGAGCUCCGAGCCAGCCCCUCAGCCUGCUCCUCCUCCUCAGCCUCUACCCCCUCCACCCCCCCAGCCUGGUCACCACCACCACCACCACCACCACCCUCCUCUGUCCCAGCAGCCCCCGCACCCCUCUCCACGCUGCAGUGAAAUGCCCACCCACGGCUCCCUGCACGGGGUGCACAUGGCCCACUCCUUGCCCCUCUCCAUGAGCGCCAUGCACCAGAUGGGCAGUCUCAACGUGCUGGACCGGGCUCGCAUGGCUCCAUUUAUGGGAGUGAGCCCCCUGGCUGCUGCUGCAGGGAGGGACCGGAUGCCCCACCAAGCCUUCCCCUGGGACCCACUGAGGGAGGCCUACCGCAACAUGGACCUGCAGCGCAGGAUGGACUUCCAUCUGAGGGCGGAGCAGGCCCAGCGCUUCCCCAGCAUAUACGAGCAGGAGCGGGCCUACCGGGAGAGAGAGGCCCACGACUACUCCCACCACGAGCACCUGCUGGAGGUACGGCGGGAGCACGAGAGGAUGAGGCAACAGGCAGAGGAGAGGGAGCGCCAGCACCUGAGGGAGGAGCUGGACCGAGCGCGGCUCCACCAGCUGCACCAGUCCCCCAUGGAGGGACACCUGCCACACAUGCCCCCCUUCAUGCCCCACCUGGGCGGCAUGCCCUACCCCAGACUCAGCCCCUCCACUGGACACAAUGGCCUGCUGAACCGGACGCCCCCCACCGCUGCACUUAGCGCCCCCCCUCCACUAGUGGCAGCGGGGAGCGCCAGACCAGCCUCCCCCAGAAGGACUACCCCCCUCACCACCCAGGACCCCCGAGAUUAUUCCCCCUCCCGCAACCCCAAAGAAGUGGAGGCACGGUAGCUUUACAUACAGACAAAGGACAUGGAUGACAAGACUCACUCCCCAAUUUGGAACCUUCUAGAGAGAACAAAAUGCACUGCUUUACAAUGGAGAAAGGCAUUAGUAAACGAGGAAACAGUAUGAUUGUACAAAGGAAAGAUUUGUAAGGUUGAAGAAGCACAUGCCAUGAUUUUAUUUGACAUGGACAGGCUGAUGAUAAUGUUGGUUAGAAGAACACGAAUCAAAAAGUAUGUGUACCUUUGUUUCCAACAUAAAAUUUGAUAUUAAUAUAUUAAUCUAAAACCUUUUUCGAUUUUGAGCGAAAAGUGAUAUUCUGAUUAAAAUGUGUUUGUACAUUUCCUAUCCUUGUUCCAUGUAUAGACAUCAUUUUUAUGAAUUUGUAUUUUGUGCAUUAGUCUCUUAUUUUCAAAAUCUCAGUCCAUUGUGAGACAUAUGAAAGAUGAUGCUCCAUGGUACAGACUGGACUUUUUACCCUUACAACAGUAAUAUAACCUCAUGGUACAUGGAAAUACUCAUUAGUGAUAAUGUACGGAAUUACAUGAAAUAAUUUUUGCGUUUUAUUUGCUUUGCCUUUGAGAUAUGCAGACAAAUAUAUAUUACGAGGUCUUUGUUCGGUCUCUGUAAAGAAAAUUCAUGUAAAUAUCUUGUUGAUAUUCCUUGCAGCAAAAUUACAAUGUAAAUUUAUUAGGCUUUUUAAAUGUUUCUAGAAAAACAAAUUAAAUCAAAACUGAACCACUUGCCGGUUGGAAACCAUGGUAACAGACGAUCCUGUCCAAUGGGAGGGAAGGAGGGCGGGCAUCAGAAGGGGGCUGGAAUGAUCAUCUGCAAUCUAUGCAAAGAGGCGCUGAGCACCCCGAUGGAGAGCCACCUGGAAUGGAAUGGACACUGUUGGAUAAUGUUGAUUCAGUGAGAGGAACUUGGAAUAACUCAACAUGUUUUUUUUCCAAUGAUGGCCAUGGAAUUAUAAACCUACAGACUUCCCCGUUACAGAGAAACUGUACUAGAAGCUUACAUGCAGCCCCAGUAAAAUGAAUUGACAUCAAAGGAAGACACGUUUGAUUGGGCGGCAAUAGGACUUUCUCUGUCGACCGUUGUGGUGUUGUGCAGUUGUUGUUUUUUAGACUUGUAUACAAAACAAGUAGAGUUUUAGGCGUGCAAAAAAAAUGAAAACGAACAUUCAUGAUUUAAAAUUGUACGGAAUAAAGUUUGGACCUAA